GCUGUCAAAAUAGAGGCUGGUCACAAACACUAAAUGAAAGGGUUCUGCACCCCGUAAGUUUAGCGCUUUUUUUUGGCUUCACGCUACCCAUUUGCCAUGACAUCUCGUUUCACGCGACCACUGUUCAAUAAUAUUCAACGUUUGCCUCGCACACGACCGACGACAUGGUCCGUGGCAACUCGUGGCCUUCGUCCAUCGCUAGGCGCCUCUUUUGCGACCGCUCGGCCCCGACCUCAAGGUCGGCCCCAAGGCGACAAUGUACGCAUCAUCAAGAUCCCUCGCUUGCCAUUGCUUAUGAUCGGUAUCGGUUUCGCAUGUCUAGGCGUGGGGCUUUACGAAUAUUUGACUUCGGAUAUUCAGAAGUAUCCACCACCCAUACGCCAAGCGCUGCGCAAAGCGCUGUAUUACCAACAGCCGGGCAAGGAUGUCAACUUGUCGACUCGGUACUUCAAAGAAGCACUGGAACUCGCAUUGCAAUCAGACGAAAUGGAACGCGACGGGGCACCUUUGACGGGUAUCAUGAUUCAGUAUGGUGCGUUACUGGAAUCGCUCGGUCGGUAUCCGGAAGCACGACAAGUGUUGACGUUGGCACUUCGUCACUUGGUCGGUUUUGAGAAUGAUCCUCACGCCACGGAAAAGAAACCCGAUCAAGCCGUCUUUGAUCUCGACCUUGCCAGUUUCCCUCCGCAAACACAAAGAAAAAUUGUUGGUAUUGCUCAGAAAUUGGGCGACAUUGCUCAGGAGACCAAGCAUGAUGCCGAAGCGGAAAAAUGGUAUACAUGGUCCCUGGAGCAUUUACUACGUAUUUCUUCCAAACCCGUCUCGACUUAUGGCGACACUGACCAAGUCCUCUUUGACAAGGAACAUAUGCCGGCCUGGCUUACCCACACCGAAUUGGGCGCAGCUUUAGAAGCGCUCGGCACCUUUUAUCAAACGCGACAAAAACACAGUUUGGCCGUUCAUUUAUACCUGCGCACACUCACUUUGGCCGGCUUGAAGACGUGUCAAUCUUCUGUCAUUAUGAACAAUCUAUCGGAAUCCUUUGCUGCGAUGGGCCAGUUUGACGAUGCCAAGUUAUGGGCGCAACGCGGUUUGGAGAUUGCGCAGAAUCCAAACACAGGAAAAGCCAACAAAGAUGGGGACGUGUGCGAUGAGGCGUGUGGCGUCCUUUUGUUCAAUAUGGGCAUGUUAUUUGAGCAAACCAAUGAUAAAGAAAAAGCCAUGAUUUUCUAUGAACAAGCGCGAAAUCAUGGCCGAAAAUACAAACUCCUGGAUUGUAUUCGACAAGCCGACCGGGCCAUCAGACGUCUUCAAUUUGAACAAACGCAACCUCCCUCCCUCCCCUCUGCAUAGAUUAUUUUUGUAUCAUAGAACAAUAACACGGUCUUUCAUCACAUGCUCAUAUGCCUUUUGGAUCUGUUUGAUCUGCACGAGGUUGCCUUCAUCGUGCCGCGGAAAAGAGAGGGUAGAAAGGAUCACGAUUGCAGGAUAGAAAAAAGUAAACAUUGA